GUGGGGGGUGGGGCUUCAGACCAUGCAGCUCUACACUAUAAAAAGAUGGAAGCUCAUUCAGACAUUCAGACUCAAGCAGCAGCAGUGAAAGAGACUGACACAACAGAGACCAACUGCAGAACAUCUGACACACUUCAAUCAGAAGGAUGCUUUGCCUGUACAUUUUCCUGUUGGGGACUCUGAGCAGAGUGGGGCUGGGCUCUCUACAGGAUGAUCAGACUGACUUUGGCCUGAAGGUCUUCUUGCAGCUGGCUCAGAACUCUGAAGGCAAGAAUGUAGCCAUGUCCCCGUAUGGUGUGGCCUCUGUCCUGUCCAUGGCUCAGCUUGGCGCUGCUGGAAACACCCGCAGGGCCUUCACUACUGCUAUGGGCUUUUCUCUGCAAGAGCGAGGGAUGUCUCGGCAACAGCGUAACCUGCAGCGCGACCUGUCCAGUGAGGAGGGGGUGGAGACAGCCAGCGGGGUUAUGGUUGAGAGGAAAAUGAGCCUGGAGAAGGGAUACCGCCGGGCCCUGGCCAAGGCCUUCCAGACCCACCCUCACCAGGUGGACUUCACCAAGCCAGACCAGGCAGUCAGCAUCAUCAAUGCAUGGGUCUCAGACCACACUGCAGGUGCCAUCCCUGAGUUCCUGGCACCUGGAUCUCUGACUGAUGAGACCCGCCUGGUCCUGCUUAAUGCUCUUCACUUCCAGGCUCUCUGGAAGGUUCCCUUUGAUCCCAAACUGACACAAGAGAGGAUGUUCCACUCUGCCAAUGGCAGCACUGUGCCCGUGCAUAUGAUGAGACUCACAAACCGCUUCAACUAUGGCGAGUUUGUGACUGCUGAUGGAGUGGACUAUGAUGUUAUUGAGGUCCCAUACGAGGGUGACUCACUGAGCAUGCUCCUGGUGUCACCCUUUGAGUCUGAUGUUCCACUGAGCACGCUCAGUGCGGAUCUGAACAGCCAGAAGAUUCAGCAGUGGAGAACGCAGCUGAAGAAUGUCAGGAGACAGCUAGCCAUUCCUAGGUUCACUCUGAACUCUGAGGUGAAUUUAAAGACUCCUCUGCUUAACAUGGGUCUGGGAGACAUGUUCAACCUUGCUACUGCUGACUUCACGCGCAUUACAUCUGAUGAGAGGCUGUGUGUGUCGAAGGUUCUGCAGAGAGUGAAGAUCGAGGUGAAUGAGCGAGGAACCAAGGGAGCAGCAGCCACAGCUGCUGUUAUGUUUUCUCGUAUGGCCGUGGAGGAGAUUACUCUGGACCGACCCUUCCUCUUCCUCAUCCAGCACAAACACACAGGUGCUAUUCUGUUCAUGGGUCAGCUCAACGAGCCUCAACAACAAUAAGCCACUCUGAAUACCUGCCUUCAUUCCACUGUGUCUGACUACUGCUGCUUGUGAUGGCCACACACGAUGACCACACCUGUCUUCUUUAGACCAAUUCACUGAAAAUGUUUAUUUAUAAUUUGCUUAACAGAACAAGACCUGGGCAAAGUAACACACAGAUUUAACAGGACAGACCUUGGGAACAUGAUUGUCUCACAUAUUCUUCGAAAAGAGUAUAUAUGUUUGCUGUUAAUUUAUUUCUCUGAAUAUUUGUGGUUGAUAAGAAAGAAAGAAAUAUGAAGGAAAGUUCAUUAAUGAAGCAGUUUACUGUUGCACUUCAUCAAUAGAGAUGUUGCUGCAGACAGACUGAUGGCUCUACAAGUACCAAGAAAAGAUGUGUUUUUAUUUUUUUUUACAAUUUCGAUAAUAAUGUCUAUUUUUGUUGUUGCCUUGUGAAGUUACAUUUGUAUUUUGCUGUAUUUCUAUUUAUUAAAGUACUAUGUUUUUACAAA